UGGGGAGCAGACAGGGAAGCAUUAAAAACAAAUUUACACAUGAUUGAUCAGAUCAAAUAUAGAUUAUGGAAAUAUUAUAUAUGGUUCAGCAGCACAGACACAUCUGGAAAAAUUAAAUAUUAUACAACAUCAAGCAUUAAAAUUUUGUACAGGACCUUACAAAACAACCCCAACAACAGCACUCGAAGUAGAAAUGGCAGAGAUGCUGUUAGAUUUGAGAAGAACACAAUUAACAAUAAAUUACUGGAUAAAUUUACAAGGCAAUAACCCGGAUCAUCCAACACAAGACAUCUUGAAGCCAUUCUGGGAAAAAGUUAAAAAAGAUACAAUAAGUUUUCAAUGGAUCAUUAAAAAGAUAUCAGAAGAAUUUCAUAUACAAAAUAUAGUAAUAGUCCAAUACUGCCACUAACUGUUGUACCACCCUGGAUUUUACCAGAAGCAAAGGUAGAUAUGUCUUUAAUGGAAAAAAAGAAAAAAAAAAAGAACAGGUAUAUUAGAUUUAAAUACAGUACAGGAAUAUUUUAAUAAUUAAUACCAAUACCUUCAGAUUCGUACAGAUGCAUCGAAAACAAAUGAUAAAAUAGGAAUAGCAUUCAUAGUACUGGAAUUUCCAAUAAAAAUAAGAAAACGAAUCACAAAUGGUUUAUCAGUAUACACAGGAGAAAUAUUAGCAAUACUUUUAGCAGUACAGUGGACGGAAGACAUAAAACCUUUAAAAACAAUAAUUUGUUCAGAUUGAAUCUCAAUAUUAUUGAGUUUAAAACAUAACCUUUCAGACAGCAGGCCAGACAUUUUACUAGAAAUACAGCAUAUUUUAUUCAGACUACAAAUAAUGGGUUUAUCUAUAGUAUUUUUAUGGGUUCCAGCACAUAUUGGGGAUAAAGUAAAUGAGAUGGCAGAUAAGAUGGCUAAGAAGGUAACACAAAAUCAUAUACAUUUUAAGGUACAUUUAAGUAAAUCAGAGGCAAAGAUCAUCAUCAAACAAAAAUUGAAGGAAGAAUGGCAGAAAAGGAAGAUGGUUUUAUAGGAUCAAAAAGGCAGUAGGUGAAAAAAGAACUCGAAGAAGGAGCAGAAAGGAGGAAAUGGUAAUAACAAGAUUACGAUUAGGACAUACAGGACUUAAUUAUACACUUUUAAAAAUCCAUAAACAUAAUACAGGAAAAUGUGACCACUGUGGGAUGGAUGAAACAAUUAACAUAUUUUUAUAGUGUCAGACAAAUGAGCUGGAAAGAAGAGUUAUGGAGAGAGAAUUUGAAAGGGUUAAAGAAAAGUUUAGCAUAAUAGGUUCAUUACAAAAGAACAUAAGAAGCAAACAUAUACAAAUUAUUUUAAAAGUCCUAAAAGGAACAAAAUUAUUUAAUAGAAUUUGAUUAAAUAAGAUAGAUAUUAAUCCAUGAUGAACCACACUCCAUACCAGUGGUAGCGGUAAUGCACUCCUACAGAUUCUUGCCAACCGCCAUUAAACACCAGAAGAAGAAGAAAAGUCCCGGUCCUCCGUUCCAGUUGAUGGCGGUAAUGAAGAGAAAGUAAACAGACUGCGCAUUCCUCGGGUGACGUCGCAAUAGAUGAGUGUUAUUGAUCCGAGUGCCUUAAUUAGCAUUCUUCUGUUUGUUUUCACCUCUUUAUUCGAGCGUUUCUAAUUGAAUUCUUCCCCCAAUGGUGUUUGCUUGUGUUGUCCACGGCUGCAGGAAAAGGUCUGAGCCGUACGUGAGAACCCUGCAUGGAUUCCCGGAUAACUUGGAGACGAUAAACGCCUGGAAUGAGUUCGUCAAAAGGACCAAGCCGAAGUGGAAUGGUACAACUCCUUCAUCGAGGAUCUGCAGCGAGCAUUUCCAGCCAGCUUGUUAUAAAAACCACAUGGCCUGGUCGAUGGGAUGGGUAAGGACGCUGGAACUGAUAGAUGACUUUCAGGUACCAACGAUAUAUCCUGCAGUGAAGAGGAAAAGUGCUGCAUCAACCACCAAUAAUGCUGGCAGGAAGAAGAACCCAAACUCAUCAGCUAGCUCCACCAUGCCUGCACCAAUGGAAACAAGAAAGGAUGGACCACACUGCUCAGCAGCCACAAAGAAAGAUCAUUUUCAGGAAUGUCGUGUUAAAGCGGAGUAUCAGGUGAUGUAUGUUGUAAGACACGUGGCGUCACAGACCGACCCUCCACCUGAAUCCCCGAGCACACGAUCGGUCGGCACACAGCUGACCAGGAAAUAUAAUUUUCGAAGUACAGGCUCACAGGUGAAAUUUAUGAGCCGAGAUUGUGGUGUCUGCACAGAGCCCUUAAACAGUCCCAUGCUGCUCCUUCAACCAACACUGGUGAAAAGACCAUCCAAGAAGCUUCGACUCACCCUGGAAGAUGAGGGAGCCCCCUCAGAAAGCAUCAAAUCUACAGCGGUUCAGGACCAAAACAACUCAACGUGAGCCUGUGGACUGUUGUGGUGCAGCGGCAAUACCUGCUGGGACAGGAGAACAAGGGCACAUGUCUGUGUAGCGUUGUUCUUUGGUGCUUGGAUAAGAUUUAUCCAACUCCUUAUCAAAAAGAGCAAAACGCUUGAAUCCUUAAGCCACAGCUAACGAGUGCAAUGCUUGCUCUGAUUGAAAGCACAGCUCUAUGUCAAUAUCACUUUGUAUCUGGCAGCCUGUUUUGAAGAAUUACCUUUAUUUCCAUCUUAUAGGAUGUGUGUACACCACGAAACAGACAAAAGCUGUCAGAACCUGCGCUCUUUCUAGGUUUGAUUUCUGAUCUCAAUGACUGGCUGGAGACAGACUGUAGCAACAUCAUUUGGCUUCUCUUUGUUGAGAACUCCAGACACACUAUUGCUCAAAGGGGGAAAAAAUCCAAAGACAGUUGGCAGAUUUGACUAAAACUGGUGCCAAAAAUUGUUGCUCUAGAAUGAAGUUUAUAACUCAGUUA